AAAUGCGGGCGUAGAAUAAUAUUACAUAUUUUGUGCAGCUUAUUCAUUGGGUUCAAUCUUUUCUUUUACACGUAGAUAUCGGAAGGGAAACCAGCCAUAAUGGAAGAAACAGUCGUAGUAGACGAGAAGAACUUAAAUAUUGAACAUCUUGAAUCCAACAACUUAGAUGCAGAUGCCCAACGGUUACAAGAUUUAGGUUAUAAGCAAGAAUUCAAGCGAGAAAUCAACUUAUUCGUCCAAGCAGGGUUUGCAUUUUCGACCAUGGCUGUGCUACCAAGUUGGAUGGUUUCGUUUGGUCCUUGUCUCAGUGCAGGCGGUCCGUCGAGUUUAUUUUGGGCUUGGAUAGUGGUCUGUCCAUUUGUCAUGUGCGUUGCGAUUUCUAUGUCCGAAGUUAUUUCUGCUUACCCUUUGGCUGGUGGUGUUUAUUCUUGGUCACUCGUGCUCAGUAACAAGAAAUGGGGACCAUGUAAGUGCAUAACAGUUUAUCGAUCGGUUCUACAAUACUUGAAGCAGAGUAUAAGCAAAAAGUUAAUCGCAAUCUAUUGUAAUUCCAUCAAUAGUUAUGGCAUGGAUAACAGGUUACGCAUAUUUGACUGGUUUGAUUGCUGUGGUAAUGACAUUGGCGUGGACAGGCGCUGAUUUCAUCUAUUCUAUGGCCAAUGUACUCAAUGUAAAGCAGAUUGACAGCCAAGGAGCAUCAGUUGGAUUAUAUAUCGCCUUGGUUGCUGCAGGGACAGUUUAUAACAUUAUGGGCUUGAGAUUCAGUGCUUAUUUGAAUAUGUUCAUGGUUGUUUGGGUGUUUAUUGGUACAUUGGUCAUUAUUAUUGCUGUGCCCAUCAUGGCACCUACUCAUAAUUCAGCCAAGUGGGUUUUCACAGAAUUCAUGAACACUACAGGUUAUGAAAAUAACGGUAUGGUGUUUCUAAUCGGUCUAUUGGUAAGCUUUGAAUGCAGUUAGUAACACAGAGUGAUCAGUUUCUG